GCGCAGUGACGUCACGACGUCGUUUACUGACUGUGAUGGCGGUUGGAAAUUUCCUCAGAACAAAUCGGAAAGGAAGGAGAGAAAGUCAUAUACGAGAUUCUAUGCCAGCGGCGUUGUUGUUUACAGCAGUGUAGCUUACUCACUCUUGGUCCAGGGAGGGGGAUUUUGGGCACGUAUAUGUCGUGAAUGCCGUCCUUUCUUCGUUUUAUAAUAUGUGGGACGGGGACGCUUCGCAGUACGACGACAAUAAUCGGGACGAAGCAGAAGAAGACAGAGCGGAUUCGCAAAGCUAGCGAAGUACCGGGGCCACAUCCCACAACCUGCGAUAGUAGCUAGCUGGGUUUACCCAAGCCCGAGAAGACGAGGUGAUAGUCGAGAGCAACGAAUUGACAAGAAUUAGAAAGACAGAUCGUCCGGGAUGAAAUUCACGGAGCACCUCUCGGCUCACAUCACGCCAGAGUGGAGAAAACAAUACAUCCAGUAUGAGGCCUUUAAGGAGAUGCUGUACUCUGCGCAGGAUCAGGCUCCGUCCACAGAAGUGACAGAUGAGGACACAGUGAAGCGGUAUUAUGCCCGGUUUGAGGAGAAGUUUUUUCAGAGCUGUGAGAAGGAACUGGCCAAAAUCAACACCUUCUACUCAGAGAAGCUGGCUGAGUGUCAGCGGCGUUUCGCCACGCUGCAGAAUGAGCUGCAGUCGUCUCUGGACGCGCAGCGGGAGAGCAGCGCGCCGGGGCUGCGCAUGCGCCGCAAGCCCGUGUUCCACCUGUCGCAUCAGGAGCGCGUCAAGCACCGCAACAUCAAAGACCUGCAGCUGGCCUACAGCGAGUUCUACCUCAGCCUCAUCCUGCUGCAGAACUACCAGAAUCUGAAUUUCACGGGUUUCCGGAAGAUUCUGAAGAAGCAUGAUAAGAUCCUGGAGACGGGGCGGGGAGUGGACUGGCGGGUGGCGCACGUGGAGGUGGCUCCGUUCUACACCUGCAAGAAGAUCACCCAGCUCAUCUCUGAGACUGAGGCCCUGGUCACGACAGAGCUGGAGGGGGGGGACAGACAGAAAGCCAUGAAGAGGCUGAGAGUGCCCCCACUGGGUGCAGCACAGCCUGCGCCAGCGUGGACCACCUUCCGGGUGGGUCUGUACUGCGGGGUCUUCAUCGCCCUCACCAUCGCCUUCAUCCUGAGCGGCGUGGUGCUGAUAGACAAGCCCAACGUGUGGCCGCUGGUGCGCAUUUACCGUGGCGGCUUCCUGCUGAUCCAGUUCCUCUUCCUGUUGGGCAUCAACACGUACGGCUGGCGGCAGGCGGGGGUGAACCACGUGCUCAUCUUCGAGCUGAACCCCCGAAACAACCUGUCCCACCAGCACCUGUUCGAGAUAGCGGGCUUUUUGGGGGUGCUGUGGUGUAUCAGUAUCCUGUCCUGUCUGUACUACAAGUCCAUCCUGGUGCCCAUGCAGGCCAACCCUCUCAUCCUGUACGGCUUCAUGCUCCUCUUCCUCAUCAACCCCUUCAAGACCUGCUACUACAAAUCUCGCUUCUGGCUGCUCAAGCUGCUGUUCCGUGUGUUCACCGCGCCCUUCCACAGAGUGGAGUUUGCAGAUUUCUGGCUGGCAGACCAGCUCAACUCGUUGGUGAUGGUGCUGAUGGACCUGGAGUACCUGGUGUGCUUCUACAGCUUCGAGCUGGACUGGACAGAGAAGAAAGGCCUGCUCCCGGACAGCAGCAAGAGCGGCCAGGUGUGCCACAGUUAUGCGUACGGCGUGCGGGCGGUGAUCCAGUGCCUGCCGGCGUGGUUCCGCUUCGUGCAGUGCCUGCGCCGCUACCGUGACACCAAGCGUGCCUUCCCUCACCUGGCCAACGCCGGGAAGUACUCCACAACCUUCUUUGUGGUGACCUUCACCGCCCUCUACAAAACUCACAAAGCUGAGGAACACGAUGACUACCAGGUGUUCUUCUACCUGCUGAUGGUGUGUUCCGUGGUGAGCUCGUGCUACACGCUGAUCUGGGACCUGAAGAUGGACUGGGGUCUGUUCGACCGCGGCGCCGGGGAGAACACCUUCCUCAGGGAGGAGAUCGUCUACCCGCAGAAAGCUUAUUACUACUGUGCCAUAGUGGAAGAUGCCAUCCUGCGUUUCGCCUGGACCAUCCCCUUCUCCCUCAGCACCGUCAACCUCAUCACCCCCAACACCAGCGACAUCCUCACCACCGUGUUGGCCCCGCUCGAGGUCUUCAGGCGGUUUGUGUGGAACUUCUUCCGGCUGGAGAACGAGCACCUGAACAACUGCGGCGAGUUCCGGGCGGUGCGGGACAUCUCGGUGGCGCCGCUCAACGCCGACGACCAGACGCUGCUGGAGCAGAUGAUGGACCAGGAGGACGGCGUGCGCAACCGGCAGGGCAAGAAGAGCUGGAAGCGCAGCUACAGCAUGUCCCUGCGCCGCCCGCGGCUCGCCUCCCAGUCCAAGACCCGCGACACCAAGGUGCUGAUCGAGGACACGGACGAUGAGGCGUACACCUGAGACCCUGCCCACUCACCUGCCAGGACCACGCCCACUCACCUGCCAGGACCACGCCCUCUCACCUGCCAGGGACCACACCCACUGACCUGCCAGGAAUCACACCCUCUCACCUGCCAGGAAUCACAUCCUCUCACCUGCCAGGAAUCACACCCUCUCACCUGCCAGGGACCACAUCCUCUCACCUGCCAGGGACCACAUCCUCUCACCUGCCAGGGACCACAUCCUCUCACCUGCCAGGGACCACACCCUUUCAGCAACUCUCACAUGUACACGCACUCUCACACGCACACAUGUGCAUAUGCAGACAAAUCAGACUCCAGGGAUCAUACCUGUUUUUCAUAAAUUUCCUUUUUUUAAUGUUUUUUUUUUUUUAAAUUUGUUUUUUUACACAUUUGAUUAGACUUAAAAUCACCAAGGUGAAAUCAAGCAGAAAGCAAAUGACUUUUUACUCAGAUUUGUGUGUGUAUGGAGCUCAGCAGAGAAUGAGAAAGUAAUACAAGUGAAGAGAAGAGUGACUGAACUGGACUGUGAUUCGUUCAGCAUAUUCCACUGACAGCUUGUUCGUCCUGUUGAUCUGUUUUGAUGAGGUUCUUCAUUUCGCCGUUAGGAAACAAAAAAUUCAGGAAACAAGCCUUCGCUAUAUAUAUGUACGGACACAUACACUUUAUUUGUUAUCUGUGAAUAGCUUUAUUUUUUUUCUGUAUGUUUGAGAGUUUGUCUGUUUGUUUUUUUCAUUAUUAUUUAUGAAAAGGAGAAUGGCUUGAAUGUCUGUGCAAUGAAUCGGAAGCGUUUCUUGUUAAAGCUGGCCGCGGCGUCAUGUGGUCUCCCGCCGAGCGCCAAGGGCUUUAUGAAAGCGCCGUGUGGCCUGGGCGUGGUUUAGAACCAGUGAGGAAACUCCUCCCACACACAUUAGCCCCUCCCACACCGGCCGUCCCAGCCAGCGACGGCCAGGAGCUGAAGUGACACGUAGACACAGCCAUGAGCGCUAACUUACCCAGGUAUGCAGUAGCUUUGUGUUGUGUUUAUGGAUGAGGAAGCCAUUAAUGGCGUUCAGGCGCUGCGAUGCGUCUCCAGGUACAGACAGAUGUCCCCCAGCCUGGCUGUGUGUGGCUGUGCAGGUACAGACAGGUGUCCCCGGCCUGACUGUGUGUGGCUGUGCAGGUAGAGACAGGUGUCCCCAGCCUGACUGUGUGUGUGGCUGUGUAGGUACAGACAGGUACAGCCAGCCUGACUGUGUGUCUGACUGUGUACGUACAGACAGGUGUCCCCCAGCCUACCUGUGUGUGUGGCUGUGUAGGUACAGACAGGUGUCCCCCAGCCUACCUGUGUGUGUGGCUGUGCUUCACUUCCUCUUCUUUUAAACUGAGGUUGUAGCUGACCCACCCUUGACUCUGUUGACUGUACUGCAGUGAUUGCGCCUCUAGCCCAGAUUAGGACCAAGAAGCAGGCGCAGUUCAUUCUGUUAGCUGUGCUUGUUAGCAAGAAGCAGGCGCAGUUCAUUCUGUUAGCUGUGCCUGUUAGCAAGAAGCAGGCGCAGUUCAUUCUGUUAGCUGUGCCUGUUAGCAAGAAGCAGGCGCAGUUCAUUCUGUUAGCUGUGCCUGUUAGCAAGAAGCAGGCGCAGUUCAUUCUGUUAGCUGUGCCUGUUAGCAAGAACCAGGUGCAGUUCAUUCUGUUAGCUGUGCCUGUUAGCAUGGCUACAGUCUCAGCCCCUCCCACUCGCUGAGGGGCUGCCAUCACCUGCUCACUGAAGUACACUUUCCUGAGGGUUUGUGUUUUCUGCUCGAGUGUUAAAUCCUCCUGUGCAGCAGGUGCGUUCUGUAGUGUAGCGGAGAGGCAGUGGGCCGUCUGUGUGUGAAACAGUCACAUUCUGCUCCUCUGAUGCACAAGCGAAUCCUCUCUUCUCACCUGUCUGUCAAUGGCAGAAGGUUUUCAGGCUUGUGAGUUGGGUCAUGGGGGGUGUGUCCAUGUGAGGCAAUGGGCGGGGUCAGCAGGUGACAGACAGGUCAGCAGGGUAGGGCCCUGUUCACAGGAGUAGAUUUGGCUCCAUGUAGUAGUCAUGGGAACCUGUUGAAGACCUGUCGCUCAGCAAGUUUAUUUAGUGCACGCCCCCACACACUGACUUCCGCUCACACAGAUGUCCCAUGGUCAGUAAAAAUGUGCAUGUUUUCCCCUGAGAAAUGUUCUCCUGUGCUAAUAGCUUGCAUUACUGUUAUUUAGCAUUUGUUUUUUUGUUUUUUUUAACAGCAAACUUUUAAACUUCUUGUUGAUCGGACCAGGUGAGAGUUGUCAUCUCGUGCACCUGUCAUAAACAGGAGGUAGAACAAUAUUCCAAAAAUAAUCCAAAGCAAUUUUUAAACCAAUUAAAAAAACCCAGAGAAGCUCCACCAUUCCUAUACAUUCCUUAUAUGGUCAUUACAUCCUGUGGGUAUUUAUUGCACUAUUUAUUCCUGUUGUAAUGUUGAUACACUGCGAUGCAUGCUCGGUGGCUCAGUCAUGCUGAACAGUGACGGCCGUCCACUCCCUCCCCAGCCUGUGCUUGUGGGGGCUGUUUAUUCCGCUCAUUUUAGCUCAGCCCAUGCCCAUGUUAUAAUGCAGCCUACCUGGGGCCAGCCUCAGAGUUCUGCAGCAGGACAGGUCACCUGUGUUAACCUGUUCCAAAACGCUUUGCAUACUGUCCUGUCUGAAGAGUGUCUGUGUGUGGCUCCACCCACCCGUGUGUCAGUCGUGAGUUUUAGGCCAAUUUCUCUGGAGCGUGUAGAAACCCCGCCCCUCGUGAUGUCAGAGUUCUGAAGAAACUCCACCUGUUAUGACAUCAAGGUUCUGAGACUCACAACAGAGAAUUGAAGUCCACAUCUAAUGUGUCCUUCCAGUUGUCGAACUCAGUGUUGCUAAGUCUCAGCUGUCCCCCUUCCCAUCGUCUUUAUUUCUCGGUUUAGUUUGCGUAACAUUUUGCCAUUGCGUUCAUUGGUAACAGCCCAGAGAUGUAAAGCUGGGAUUGGUCCAUUUGAAUAUGUCGGUUCUUUUUUAAAGUGUGGUGAACGUGCUCUUGUUGCUAUGCACUCGGAGGAACAGGGAGGCUUACUAAGGAAGCGUUUUUCUUCUCUUGUGAAGACGCUGUUUGGCUGUGGGGGUCAUUCCAGAGGGGGGGGGGGGGGGGGGGACGUGGUCUAUGCUAAUGGCAGCAUGCUAACCACCCAUUUAUCUCUGCUCACCACUGCUCAGGGGUUCAGCUGAGCUACGGGAAACAGGCUUUACAGCAGCAGGUGUACAGUAGCAGCAAUGCUAACCUGUUCAAACAGGCUUUGUAGCGCACGUACAGUAGCAGCAAUGCUAACCUGUUCAAACAGGCUUUGUAGCGCACGUACAGUAGCAGCAAUGCUAACCUGUUCAAACAGGCUUUGCAGCGCACGUACAGUAGCAGCAAUGCUAACCUGUUCAAACAGGCUUUGUAGCGCACGUACAGUAGCAGCAAUGCUAACCUGCUCAAACAGGCUUUGUAGCGCACGUACAGUAGCAGCAAUGCUAACCUGCUCAAACAGGCUUUGUAGCGCACGUACAGUAGCAGCAAUGCUAACCUGUUCAAACAGGCUUUGUAGUACAUGUACAGUAGCAGCAAUGCUAACCUGUUCAAACAGGCUUUGUAGUACAUGUACAGUAGCAGCAAUGCUAACCUGUUCAAACAGGCUUUGCAGCGCACGUACAGUAGCAGCAAUGCUACUCUCAGAGGAAGCUGCGGAAUGGUGCUAUACUGACUGCUUGGGAGCUGAUCUUCUACCAGAGAGGAUUCAGCCAAGUCACUUUCCUUUGAACUCAGCUACAUCCACACACAUUCACAGGUGUGUGUGUGGGGGGAUGUGUGUGUGUGCUUGCAUGUGUGCUUGUGUGUGUGCGAGCGUGUGUGCUUGUGCAUGUGUGUGCUUGCGUGUGUGUGUGCGUGUGUGCUUCCAUCCCCAUAUAUGAAGCUAUUGCCCAUCACACUCCCUCUCUCCCUCUCACACCUUAACCACACCCAUCUCAUGUCUGUCCACAUGCUGCUUUUAUAUUUUCCAGCAUGUACCUGUGUUCUAUAAUUAUGUGGAUGUGUAAUUAAUGCCAGUAAACAUGGGCUUGUGGUCUUGAUCACUGCUUUAUGCACACACACACAUACACACACACUCACACUCACAUAAAAGGAGCACUCCUGUUAUUUUAUUUUUCUUGGAUUUGUCUUGAAAGAUGUCAGCAAAUAUGCAAAGUGACCAGUGUCCUCAUGUUCCAUGGCUCCUCCCCCUUCCCCCGGGGUAUGAAAAGGGGGGGGGGAGGCGAAAGCAGGUGAAAAAGCGAGCAGGUAAACGGGGGAGACACCUGCAGCGCUCCAUACAGGUGAAUCACUCGCGGGGUUCACACAGGUAAUGACUGAACACACCCGACCAGGGAUGAGCUGAGCAGCUUUGAGCUGAGCGGUCAGUGCUGCAGUCCCUCUCUAAGCCAAAUGACUGGACUCCGUGCUACAGAAUCCGCCCAAAUGGACAUUUUUAUUUGGGGGGUGGGGUGGGGGGGUGGUAUGUGUAAAAAAUGUUCCCUGUAUCUCUACUUCUUUAUUUUGAUGUACUUUUUUUUUUGUUUCGUUUUUUUCACACAAAUCGUUGUGACGGUGUCUAGUUUAGAGACGAUAGAUUGUACUUAAGCUUUUUUUCUUUUCUUUUUUAAUAGCAAAUAAAUUGUUAUAUGGCUGUGUGUUUAAGGAAAUAUACAGAAAGUUGGGUAUAAAAACAUAAGGAACAUGUCUUAAUCACCUUUUUACAUGUAGUGUGUAAAUGUUAAGUGUACUAUGCUGUAAUCCGAACGCUAUACUGAUGGGAGAUUGUUGUGUAUACAUGUUGGUCAUCCUGAAUUAUCUUGGUUUUAUAAACCACUCUGAUUUAUAAAGGUUGAGACAUGCUUCUCUG